AUGGCUAAAUCUGCUGCUCUUUGGUUGCUAAAAAUCUCGAACUCUUCCAUUUCUGAAUUGGAUUUUGAUGCGGGAGUAAACCCUAGAGACGCUUUCGUGAAAAUGGCGACUGUUCUGGGGCAGCUGAUAUUGGAGAUUGUGAAGAAGAACAAUUCGUUUUUGGUGAAGGAGUUUGGGAAUGGAGCUGCCGGAGUUGUGUUCAGCAAGGAGCCUAACAAUCUCCACUCCUACAAGCAUUUCGGUUUCAUUUUCUUGUCUAUGAAAAUGAUUGAUAAUGGAAAUAACAGACUCUGUAAUAAUCAUGCUGUUAUUAUACUCACUGGAAUCUUCGUCGAGCCAAAACUCAGUCGCAUAUUUUACGUAGUGGAGAACUGGCAGCACUACGUAGGAUUUGCAUAUGGGAUUCAGAGUGGCAGAUUUGGUGCAGGGCUAAAGCAACUGGGGAUUCAAAAUCUAGGACUUGUGUUUGUCAUAUGCUUGAAUGUUGUAAUGACAACCUUAAUUUGCUUAUUGAUUAAGGUUGUGGUUCCACUUAGGUUGGAUGAAGAGGCUCUGCAUAUGGGAGAUGAUUCAGUGCAUGGAGAGGAAGCCUAUCCACUGUAUGGAGAGGGGAAAAGGAGGGAGAAUUUCAAGGAAAAUACAGUCUAUAGAUUUGCAUGA